AUGACCCUUUUAUGCUCUGAGUCGUCUGCAAGGACCAGUUCGAGCUUUGCAUUGAGGCCAAGCAGUUUCCCUGUACCCGGAAGGGGUUUUGAGGUUAGGGGACUUGAUGACUGGGAUGAGGACUGGGUUGAUUACGCUAGUACUUUGAGAUAUAUUGCUAGGAGGCACGAUCUUCUGUUUUUCACUGGGAAUGGUGGUAGCGGCGGUGUUCAGGGCUCAUUCUUUCCCAACCAGAUUGCGGAGGUGGAGACAGAGAUGGAGAUGGAAGCGGUCACUGAAGAACAACUUGCAACUCUUUUUGUCACUUGUGGACAGAUAGUUGUUGAUUGCCAAAUUUGUGGUGAUCCAAACUCAGUACUUCAUUUUUCCUUCAUUGAGUUCACUGAUGAAGAAGGCGCAGUGGCUGCUUUGAGUCUCGCAGGGACAAUGCUUGGAUUUUACCAUGUUAGAGUACUGCCCUCUAAGACAGCUAUUGCACCAGUUAACCCAUCAUUUUUGCCAAGGACUGACGAUGAAUGCAAGAUGUGUGCAAGAACCAUUUAUUGUACAAAUAUUGACAAAAAGGUUGCUCAAGCUGAUGUUAAAAUCUUUUUUGAAUCAAUAUGUGGAGAGGUUAGUCGCCUAAGGCUGCUUGGGGACUAUCAUCAUUCUACUAGUAUUGCCUUUGUUGAGUUUGUAAUGGUAUCUACCUCUUUACUAUCUCUUUCUUGUGGAUUUUACAAAUGGUUAGCAAACUUGUUCUGCCUUUUGCAUCUGUAG